GGUCUGUUCCCAACUUUCCCAUCUACGAACCCACCCCGCCCUGGUGUCUUCCUUCUAAACGCCAGGCAUGGAUUGAACUAGACGCAGUUGGCUGCACCAUCCAUCGCCAGUCACCUCAUCCCCCCCACCUCAAGCGGUUGCAUCUCACCAGUGACCACUCCGAACCCUGAGGCUGGCUGCGCGCGCUUGACUGUGCGUCCCUAAACCAUCUGCCUACUAGCUUGGCCCUGGGGGGCUUUUGUGUACCAGGACUCAUUCCUAUCUCUCCGACUACCUAUCCUCUUUUGCCAUCUGACUAUCUCCGGAGGGGCAGUCUCAAUUUUCCAUUUCCCAUGGACUACCCAGCAGCAUCCAUCCCCUUGCUCGUAGUGAUCGAGCCUGUCAUAAGCCCUGCGCAUUCAAAUAAUUGAUAUAUCUCCCCGCGACCGUUCACUGGCAAUCGAAGCGACCAAGAUCAUUCAUUCAUCCACCGCGACAAGGCGGGCAUUCGGUUCGCCGGAACACUUUCUCUUGGUCUCUGGUUUCGAGACCUAGCAUCAUAAAGCCUUCGAGUACCAGCUUCCUUUGCCCGAUUCGUAUUUUCAGUCCCAUGGGGAGCUUAUGCUCGAACCUUGAAAAGGACGAUGCACCUGGCGAAAAGAAUGGUCAGGGUAGAAGGGACGAUAACCAUACCACGCGACACUCCUCACCAAGACUGCGGAAGCCUCCUCAUCAUCAUCACCGCCGCCCAGGCUCACCUUCACCCAACGCUCACCAUCGCCGCCACCGCCACCACCAGACAGACAGAGAAAUGGCUGAAGAAAUGAUCGAAGCCCACGACAAGAUCAUUGCCGGGACUGGCGGCGCGCUUACGCGCAACGGUCUCCAACGACAUGGUCGGCAGAUCACCAUUCUCGACCAGGCCCGGACGAGGUCGGCCACUGCCAAAAAGAUACAGGAUUCUGAUGAUUACUUCCGCCAGCGCAUCGAGGUAAUGAACCGCGAAAAGACCUUAGCAUUCGACUUCCGUCUCACGGCGCUGGCCUCGCCCAAAGAAAUCGAGGCCAACACCAUUAUCCAGAUCAUCAAGGCUGAGGAUCAACGCUUGGUGUAUGACGCGGCUGAGCCAAGACAAGGGUGGGGGGGUCAGAAUCACCCGCGAUUUCCUGCGGACCAUUUUCUGUCAAACGUCCAUCUGAUCAACAAAACGAGACUUCUUGGUAUUGCGAUCAAGAUGCCAAAAGGGGCACAUCUCCACAUCCAUUUCAAUGCCUGUCUGCAGCCUCACGUUCUGCUGGGUAUAGCCAAAAACAUGGACCGGAUGUUCAUCACCAGCGAUAGGCCCUUGCCUCCGAGUGAGGACGGCAGGACGGACGAAGAGGCACGAAACGCUCUUCACCUCUGUGAAAUCCAGUUUUCUAUUUUACCACCUGAAAAAGAGAACCCGGGCGACAUAUUCUCGCGGAACUACGUGAAACGCCAAACGAUGAAGUACUCCCAGUUCCUCGUCGAGUUCCCCAAGCAUCACAGCAACGCCGAUCCGGAGGAGUGGCUCACAAGUAAACUCGUUUUCCACGAGAACGAGGCCCACAACGUCCUUCAGACGGUCCAUGGAGCAUGGGAGAAGUUCAAUGGCCGGACACGCAUGAUGAAGGGGCUUUUCAACUACGAGAGCGCGUACCGGAAGUACACUCGGGGGAUACUGGAGGAUUUUGUUCGUGAUAACAUCCAAUACGCCGAGAUUCGGCCUAAUUUCAUGGAGACGAAUCAGCUCUGGACUGACGACGGCACUCGGCAAAUCGACAACGUGGGAAUCAUGAACAUAAUCAUUGAGGAAUUUGACCGGUUUCAGCAAAGAACCAAGAACUCAUUUGGCGGCUUGAAGGUCAUCUAUUGCACACCUCGGUCCUUCUCCAAUGAGUCUGUAGCCUUUGCGCUUGACGAGUGCCUGAGAUUCAAGCAGAGGUGGCCCGAGUGGAUUGCAGGUUUUGACCUAGUUGGCGAGGAAUCCAAAGGGCGGCCUCUGCGAGACUUCAUCUCAGAGUUCCUCGCGUUCAGAAAGAACUGCGAUGAGGCUGGCCUCGAUAUUCCGUUCCUAUUUCAUUGUGGUGAGACGACUGAGAUCGGCAACGACACAGACGGUAACCUCGUGGAUGCGCUUCUUCUCAACUCGAAGCGCAUUGGCCACGGCUUUGCGCUGGCCAGGCACCCAUAUAUCAUGGAGCACAUGAAGAAAAGGGGCAUUUGCCUUGAGGUGUGCCCCAUCUCCAACGAAGAACUCGGCCUCACGCCGAGGAUAACUGGGCAUGCUAUGUACAACCUCCUCGCGAACAACGUACACUGUACGCUGAACUCGGACAACGGAACUAUAUUUAGAUCAACCCUUUCUCACGAUUUUUACCAAGCCAUGGUUGGCAAGACGGAUAUGACACUUCACGGCUGGCGACAACUCAUCGAAUGGAGCCUAGAACACUCGUGCAUGUCCGAAAAAGAACUGGCCGUCGUGCGGGCGGACUGGGAUAAGCGUUGGGAGAGCUUUCUGGACUGGGUCAUUGCCGAAUAUGGUGAUGUACAGAUGAAGGAGCACGAUGAGUCCAAGACGUAACAGGGAUGUCGAAGCGCCUGCACUUUUUGGGACAAUGUUCACACGACUUGGGGCCACCAGAACUACGAGGCAUAAGUUCAUACGAUCAAUGACCAGUAAAAAAAAGAGUUUCGCACCCGCCCAUCCUACUGCAGUUAGAAGUGAUCAACAGCUUGUUUCGGUGGAUAGGGGACACUGGUUAUCACUAUGUGGCCAAAGUCGGUCCGGCAAAUGACCGAAGCGUUCGUCGGAU